CGAGCCGAGCCAGUCUAGAACGUAUCUUUGAAGUAGAACGCUGAGGGCAGAACAAUUGUGUUUUGGAUUCCUUGCCGUGCGGAUCGCGAGUUAUGAAAGCGCAGCAGCAGCAGCAGCAACAGCAACAGCAGUAGUAGUGGCAGUAGCAGUAGCAGCCAUAGCCAUAGCCAUAUAGCAGCAGCAGCACUCGAGCAGCAUUCAAAAAGAACAGCAGCGAAACAGCUCAAAACUGAAAUCCAAACUCAGAAACAGCGCCAUCGUCGUUCGAGCAGCACGCAGCAGCAAAAAGCAAAAAAUAAAUUAUAAAAUAACUAUAAAAUAAAAAAAAACAACAACUAAACACUAUCUAACAAAACUGUUGAACGCGACCAAAGGCUAAAAACGUAUAUAGUUUUUUGUGUGAAAUCAAUAUAACUAUUAUUUUUUUACUGUGUGUUUUUUUACGGAACUUUUUCCCGCGUGUUGUUGUUGGCUUACACACUCUGUGGGUUAACCUGUGUGUGCGAGAGAGCGGACGGACGUCGCUGUCAACGUGAACGUCGUCGUCGUCAUCGUCAUCGUUGUCGUUGUCGUUGUCGUUGUCGCAGUCACCGUGGGCGCCUCAGGCCAGACCAGAAACCAGGGCUGCCGGAUCGCGAGUUAUGAAAGCGCAGGCGUCGCACGCAUGUAGCAGCAUUGGCUACAACAACCACAACAGCAACAGCAACAAAAGCAACAGCUCAAAUACCAACACCAACAAAGCCUUUUGAUACAAUCAAACCCAUAUACAAAGUAACUGGAAAGAGACAGAGAGAGAGAAAGAGAUAUCUAUAUUUUUGAUAGAAACCGUUUUACACGACCGGAGCACCCAACAUCGAACCAAAAUGGAUACCAGCGAACAAAGUUCGAUCAUCAAUGGAUCAUCGGGAGUAGGAGUGCAAAAGCGACAGUCGCAUUCCCAGUCGCAGUCCCACUCCCAGCAGAAGGAUCAGUCCGAACCGAACAACAACAGCUCCUCGGGCAGCCCCAAAAUGGGCUCUCGACGCAUCUUCACGCCCCACUUUAAGCUGCAGGUCCUGGAAUCGUAUCGCAAUGACAAUGACUGCAAGGGCAACCAGCGGGCUACCGCCCGCAAGUACAACAUCCAUCGCCGCCAGAUCCAAAAGUGGCUGCAAUGUGAACCCAAUCUCCGCUCCUCGGUGGCCAACAAUCAGCACCAGCAGCAGCAACAGCAGCAGCAACAGCACCAGCACCAGCAGCAGAGCCAUCAACAGCAGUCGGUGUCCCCCACACCUGGACAGGUGAAGACGCAUCAGUUCCACACUUUGGACCAUCCGUUGGUCCAUCAGAUGCACCAUCAUCAUCAUCUACAUCAUCAUGCCGCAGCGGCAGCAGCAGCGGCUGCAGCGGCACACCAUGCCCAUCAUCUGCUGGCCAAUGGAUUCGCUGCCGCCCACCAUCCGCACCAGCACCAGCACCAGCAUCCGCAUCCCCAUGCGCAUCCGCUGGCUGCUCAUCCACAUCUGCAUGUGCCUGUGGCGGUGCCCGUGGCCGUGUCAGUGGCAGCAGUGCAUCCCCACCAGCAACAGCAACAGCAGCAGCAACAACAACAGCAGUCGCAGCCACAGCAGCUUCCAGCAGUCGCCAACAGCAGCAGCAGCCUAAGCAAUGGCAGUGCCACCAGCAAUGGCAGCUCCAGCCAAGGCUCCACCACUUCCGGUGGUGUCCUGGCGGCGGCCGUUGUGGCCGCAGUAGCCAUGGCGAACAGCAGCAGCAGCAGCGGUAGCGGCAGUGCCUCCACAGCGACGCCAACGCCAUCAGCCAUCAGUGCCAACCCAUUGCCAUAUACCCAGAGCAGCAGCAGCAGCAACCACAGUCCUAACGCUGCCAAUGUCCAAGUGCCAACGCAAGUGCCAAUCGCGGUCUCCCCGGCUGCCAGCCACAUUCCACACCCACACCCACAUCCACAUGCCCAUCCGCAUGUGCAUCCCCAUGCCCAUCCCUAUGCCGCCUACCACACUUACCUGCCGCACCACCACCAUGCCCUGGCUGCCCAGGCCCAGCCAUCGCCAGCGGACCACCAGCUCGUGCAGAAUCGCCUGGAGGCAGCCCCCACACCGGCGCCCAUGGACCUGUCGCUGGGCAGCUCCGCGCGCCGCCAGCAAAAGCUCGAGAAGGAAAUGGAGCUGGAGCACCAUCGGCCGCGCAAUGCUGCCGGGGUGGAUCUGACCUUCAGGAAGCGCAAGGUGAACUGCACGCCCGUGCAGCCCGACAAGAUCAGCAAGCUGGAGACGAUCAAGAGCGAACCGGAGCCGGAGCCGGAGCACGAGCAGGAGCAGGAGAGCGAGGAUGUCGACGUCGACGUGGAGGUCGAGGCGGAGGCGGAGUACGAGCGCAAGCUGCCCUCCAAGCAGGUCAAACUCUUCAAGCCGUAUCUCCUGGACGACGACGAUGAAGCCGCCGCCGGCGCUGGGGAUUCGGAGGCUGACGAGGUGGAUGCCCACGAGGAGGAAGAUGAGCGCAUUGUCGAGGACGACGAUGAUGAGGCGGUCGAGGGCGAUGCCGAUGAGGAUCAGCACGAGGAUCUGAAUGGCAAGAAGCAGCAGCGUCGCCUCAAGAAGAACAAGAAGGUCGGCGAGCAGCGGGAUCCCAUUAUCUGGAGCAACCAUCCGUAUCCGGCCUGCCUGUCGCCCUCCCCCCACGCUCGGAGCUCGCUCUCCGGCAGCAGCUUUCAGUCGCCGCUGGUCAUGCACCUGCAGGCAGCGUCGAAUGGCAGCGGUAGCGGGUCCCCAGUCUCCUGCCAGCUGCAGACAUUUCCCGGCAGCUCCCUCGGCGGGAGUCCUCAGCACCAGUUUCAGAGCAGGAGCGACAGCAAGACAUCCACGCCCAUCCAGAGUGUGCUCAGCCCGUUCUCGGCACCAGCCCUCUCACCCACCGGCUUCUGCUGUCCCAAGGGCUCCCCCGUGUCCGGCUACGAGAGCAGCUCCUCCACCUACAGCGACAGUGCCAGCAGCAGCAGCAGGAAUUGCGGCGGCACCACAGGCAGUGCCAGCAAUUUCAGUCUCAAUCUGCAGCUCCACGCCGCCCUCUACAACGACAACCUGAUGUACAUCCAGCAGCAGCAGCAACAACAGCAGCAGCAGCAGCAGCAGCAGGCGAACCUGCAGCGCUGGCUGGAUCAGGAUGCAUUGGCCGCUGCCAUGGCCGCCAGCAGCCAUCAUUCGGCGGUGCAAGUGCUGCAGGCAAUGCCUGGGACCGGGCCAGCCUCCAACACGGCAGCCUCAUCGGCGACAAAUUUGACAUUGGUGGCAUAAGCGAUGGAGCAGCAACAGUUGGAGGAGCAACAGAUGGCCGAGCAGCGGGUGUGCGGAGCUGAGAUCCCACCAACAAGUUAUGGCAGUCACUGGGCCUGGCCUUCCUAGCGUUAAAUAAUUACCAUAUAUUAUACACUUUCUUUAUGGGUUUAAGCGUACGUCGUUCUUCAGUUAUUUGCUAAGGAUUUCAGAAAAGAGGGGACAUUCACAUCCUUCGCCCUAAAAUAUAUAUCAUAUAUCUUCCAAGCAUAUCAGAGCCCCCCACCUAAUCACUAAGGAUAUAAUAAAUACAUUUUUUUUUUCUCUAAUUCUAAGAACAAAUUAAGUUUAAGGAAGACGGAUAAUUUUUUUUGUCAUUAAACAUUGAACAAUGGUCUUUAAUACGCAUAUAUUUUUUUUUCAUAAUUUUAGAAAUGUAAUUUAAUUUCAAAUUUUGGACCCUUUUUGCAAGCGUCGGAAAGUGUAAAUAAUUAAUUAUAUUGUGUACAAAAUCGGGUAACAGACGACGGAAAGGGCGCGGCGGAACAUAUUAAUUUUUUCGCCCCAAGAAUUUCAAAAGAAUGGGUAGGGGGAAACGAGAGGGAGGGAAUAUUGUGACACUGCAACUGGAAAAACUGAGCAAACAAAAAAAAUUGUUAAGAGUAAAGCUUUAAAACCAACAAAAAUACACACACACACACUUUUACACACA